CACACAGCCAGGCAUCCUCCGCUCCACUAACACCCUUGUAGUUCUGUUAUCUACAUAGGUCGUCAUUGAUUCUUGAGACUUUGCAGACGACACAUUAAGCCCAUUUCCACCCCUCCCCAUCUGCCCGCGUUACCUUCACAUAGACUUGAUCCGAGUCAGUCUCGUACAGUCGAUAUGACGACUACUGUCAUGUUUCCACCUAGCAAUUCGUUUGGGGAGCCAGAUCCAUAUGCUCGAAUGUCGGGAUUGCCGUUAGGUUACGUGAGCUUUUUUAGUACCUUCAACCCCGCCGGAGCGACAGAACCGACCAACCACCAUAUCCACGCUUCACAAUACCAGAAUCCUGGACAAGCACCUGUCCAUGACUGGAGCUCGUCUCCUCUGUCGAUAGUGCAGCCCCAGAACACACAACACACAUCGGUUUCACAACCACACACCAACGCACAACCGACGUCGACAGCAAGCAUCAACCCAGCCGCUCUUUCGACCCCCACUUUUACGCCUGCCAACAGACCUACUGGGUACCAUGAUAGCACGUCGGCUAUCUCUCCAUCGCAGUCCCACUUUGAUACUAGCAACUCGGCAUCACCAGUCAGCUUCUCCGUACCCUCUCGCCAGGACAGUCUGUACCCUAAGGAGGGUAGCAGUUUAUACCCUCAAGACGACGAGACGCUCUCAAGGCGGCCCUCUAUCACCACUACCACCACAACCACCACCACCGCUACCCCCACCACAACAACAACGACUGGCCGGCGAAGGCGUAACUCGGAGUACGUAGAACCAGGCUCGGCGCGGGCCAUCUACCUCGAGAAGAACCGCCGGGCUGCAAGCAAGUGCCGGAGUAAACAAAAACACGAGCAAGAGCAGCUUGUCGAAAGGUCCAGGCAGUAUGAGCGCAAGAACCGAAUGCUCAAGGCAGAGGUAGACAUGCUGCAGGCAGAGGUACGAGCUCUCAAGGACUUGCUUGGCCAACAUGCGCAUUGUCCAGACCAGAGGAUAGCACAGUACCUGCAGAUGGAAGCAAGUCGGUUAGCUUCCUCACGAGACUACCGAGCGUCGUUUUGAUCAGACAGCCUGUACGCUGGGUCUUGGACCACAGCGCCAUCUCUAUUCUUCUUCAACUCUUUUUUCUUAUAUUUUUAUUUAUUUAGUUCAGUCAAAACGCAACUGUAGCGAGGUGGGGUUACACCUCAUGGUUUGGGCGGACUAGCGUUGGGAUAACAUGAGUGACGCGACAUGAUUAUGUACAAAGACAAGAAGACAUGAACAUUUGGGAUGGCUAUGAAGCGUUGAUGUCGUUUGGGACGUUAGUUGGUCCUUGAUAGAAUCAGAGCCGACGAUCGUCUGUAAUAUAACUUGUCAAAACCACAAAAUUUUGAUCUGAGCAAUA